AUGUCAGAAUGGUUUGUUCGAAAACGUGGCCUUGCCAACGGAAUUAUGUUCGCUGGGACCUCAAUCGGGGGACUUGUACUUCCACUCGUCACGCCAGUCAUGGUAAACUCGUAUGGACCAUCAAAGACACUAAGGAUUCUCUCCAUCGCCGCACUAAUCCUCAUCCUGCCCGGGACACCUUUUCUUCGACCGCGGCUCCCUGAGACCCGAGUGUAUUCUCAUGUGCCCCGUUCAGAGGCUGAGAAUGAUGGAAUCCGUAAAUGGAUGCUGAAUCCUUCAUUUAUUCUAUGCGUAUUGGCGAAUACCUUACAGGGUUUCGCAUAUUUCCUUCCCAUCCUCUGGCUCCCGACCUUCGCAAGCGAGCUUCGUCUAAGCGAUACUCAAUCAUCGUUAGCGGUAGCACUGUUGAAUGGCAAGCAGUCUGUGUUCCUCGUCCGAAGGUUGGGAACGUUAGCGGACAGAUUCAGUCCAUGGGUUCUAGCUCUAAUAACAACAUUCCUCACCUCCUUCACAACAUUUAUUCUGUGGGGUGUACUUUCAAACAGUGUUACUGGUGUGCUUGCCUUUGGGGUUGCAUAUGGCGCCUUGGCUGGAGGUUGGUCAAGUCUCUUCACGGGAUUCAUCCGGCCAAUUGCGAAAGGCAACCCCACACUGUCAACGACGCUCAUGGGCAUCUUUUUCCUUACGCGUGGCAUAGGUAACAUCUUAUCCGCACCGAUAUCGACAGCCUUGUCCGACAUAAACGCUAUUUCUGCUGCAAUGGGAGUCGUAGGCAACCCAGCGCAUCUACCCGAUCAUCCUAGCCUUGGCUUUGAUGUUGCAGACGGCCGUUAUGCCAAAAUGAUCGUGUAUGUCGGGACAUGUUUCGCUGGAUCCGGGAUUAUUGCGCUCGUCGGCUUGGGAUUGGAUGUCUAUGAAAGACGAACACGCGAGAGAAUAACUGAAUAA